GACAUCACAUUGCCUCCACCUCCCUCCCUGAUAGAAGAGAGAAAGAAGAAGAAGAUUCUAGAAGUCACCCAGAGAGAUCACUGAGCUGCUGACAGGAGAGGUUCCUAUAAGGUGUCAGGGGUGUCACUGUCUAUUUCUCCAUGGAGGAGUGGGAGUAUUUAGAAGGACACAAGGAUCUCUACAAGGACGUCAUGAUGGACAAUCAGCCGCCCCUCACAUCACCGGAUGGAUCCAGUCAUGGGAACCCACCAGAGAGAUGUCCCCGUCCUCUGUAUUCCCGGGAUUCCACACAGGAAGGUCACACCAUCCCUCACCAUCAUCAGAGUGGAAUCCUCGGGGAUGAUAAUAUUGAUGUUAAAGAAGAGUAUAAAGAGGAGGAUGAGGAGUAUGGAGUGAUGGAGGAGUUUUCAGAAGGACACAAGGAUAUGAUGGAGCCACCUAAUACCAGGAACCCACCAGAGAGAUGUCCCCGUCCUCUGUAUUCCCGGGAUUCCACACAGGAAGGUCACACCAUCCCUCACUAUUACAAGAGUGGAGAUCCAAUCGAUAUAGAAUUUGAGGUGAAAGCAGAAGAAGAAGAGGCGUAUGUGAGGGAUGAUCAGCAGUCUAUGGAGGAGGAUGGAAUAAUGGGGACAUUUAUAGAGAGGACACUCCUACAGAGAUCAGCACACAGUCCAUGGCCGGGAGAUGAGGAAAACCUCCGAGGAUUGUCUCACUUUGUCUCCAGACUGGAAAGUAGAAGAUGAGGACAUCACACAGUAUAGUCCAGGAGAAAACCCGGCUCCCUCCAAUGUCCAUCCGCACCACCCAGUGUAGAUGGACCAUCGGAUUCCUCGUAUCCUGAGGAACCUCAGACUGUGCGGGACCGGGCCGGCCUUCCAACAAGAAAAAGCUUCUCCUGUCCUGAGUGCGGGAAGGGUUUCCAUCUUGAAUCCCGUCUUAAUAUGCAUAUAAGAUCUCACACAGGUGAGAAGCCAUAUUCCUGUCCAGAGUGUGGGAAAUGUUUUUCUGACAAGUCACACCAGAAAUCUCACACAGGGGAGAAGCCAUAUUUUUGUUCUGAGUGCGGGAAAUGUUUUUCAGAGAAGUCAAGUCUGCACAAACAUCAGAGAUCUCACACAGGAGAGAAGCCAUAUUCUUGUCCUGAGUGCGGAAAAUGUUUUUCACAGAAGUCCAGUCUGCACCAACAUCAGAGAUCUCACACAGGGGAGAAGCCAUAUUCUUGUCCUGAGUGUGGGAAAUGGGAGAAGCCGUAUUCUUGUCCUGAGUGCGGGAAAUGUUUUUCACAGAAGUCCAAUCAGAGAUCUCACAUUGGGGAGAAGCCGUAUUCCUGUCCUGAGUGCGGGAAAUGUUUUUCACAGAAGUCCCAUCUUCACACACAUCAGAGAUCUCACAUUGGGGAGAAGCCGUAUUCUUGUCCUGAGUGUGGGAAAUGUUUUUCACAGAAGGCCCAUCUUCACAAACAUCAGAGAUCUCACACAGGGGAGAAGCCAUAUUCUUGUCCUGAGUGCGGGAAAUGUUUUUCACAGAAGUCUGAUCUUUCCAGACAUCAGAGAUCUCACACAGGGGAGAAGCCAUAUUCCUGUCCUGAGUGUGGGAAAUGUUUUUCAGAGAAGUCCCAUCUUUUCAGCCAUCAGAGAUCUCACACAGGAGAGAAGCCAUAUUCCUGUCCUGAGUGCGGGAAAUGUUUUUCAGAGAAGUCCAGUCUGCACAAACAUCAAAAAUCUCACACGGGGGAAAAGCCAUAUUCCUGUCCUGAGUGUGGGAAAUGUUUUUCACAGAAGUCCUAUCUUUACACACAUCAGAGAUCUCACACGGGGGAAAAGCCAUAUUCCUGUCCUGAGUGUGGGAAAUGUUUUUCACAGAAGUCUUAUCUUUACAAGCAUCAGAGAUUUCACACGGGGGAGAAGCCAUACUCCUGUCCUGAGUGUGGGAAAUGUUUUUGCACAGAAGUCCAAUCUUUCAACACAUCAGAGAUCUCACACGGGGGAGAAGUCAUAUUCAUGUUCUGA